AUGGAUGAUAAAGGAACACAUAAACGUAAUUAUUCAGAAAAGAAAAAUAAAGACCAAGAAAAAGUAGAUGUUGAUAGUGAUAGUGUUGGGUUUACAUUAAAAAGCUACGAAAACUAUGAACAUUUUUCUUUAGUUCGAAAUUUUCAUUUAGCAGAUUUUAUUACUUUUGGUAAUGGUUUAUGUGGAUCAUGUUCGAUUUUCUCAAGUAUACGAUAUGCUAUAACCAAUGAUCAAAGUUAUUUAUGGUUAAGUAUGAUGUUAAUGCCUUUAGGCAUGACGCUUGAUUUAUUUGAUGGAAAAGUAGCAAGAUGGAGAAAAACUGCUAGUAUUUUAGGUCAAGAAUUAGAUUCAUUAGCAGAUUUGGUAUCAUUUGGUGUUGCUCCAGCAGUUUGUGCAUAUGCAGUUGGAAUGCGUACAUUUCUUGAUACAAUACUCUUAUCAGUUUUUAUAUGUUGUGGAAUAGCUAGAUUAGCACGUUAUAAUGCAACCGUUGCAUCAUUGCCAAAAGACAAAGGUUCUGGAAAAGUACGUUACUUCGAGGGCACUCCCAUUCCUACAACAUUAUUUCUUGUGGCAUUAAUUGCUUAUCUGACUUCAGAAGAAAGAAUUGGCGAUAGAUUACCUGGCGGAACGAUCAAUUUAUUAUCAACUUUAUUAUCACCGUUAUCACCACCGCCAUCAUCAUCACCAAUGUCAUUAUCAUUGUCAUCCAUUUUAUCAUUUGAUUUUUUGGAAUUUCAUCCAUUUGUUUUGCUAUUUAUUUUUAGUGGUAUCGCUAUGGUUAGUAAAACUUUGAAAAUACCAAAACCUUGA